AUGUGUGAUUUCCAGGAAGCUUGUCUUGAUGAAGAAAGGUUCUUGAAGCAAAAAUCCAAAGUGGAAUGGUUGCGGGUGGGUGACUCGAAUUCAGCUUAUUUCCACAUGUCGCUGAAGAGUAGGAAUCAUCGAAGCUGUAUAGAUGUUAUUACUGAUGCUAAUGGUACCUCUCAUGAGGGUGAUAAUGUUCCUGAUGCCUUAGUUAAUCAUUAUGAGAAUUUUUUGGGAUAUCAAGGUCAUGUCUCGCUAGAUCCCUCUCCUGAGUUGUUUACUAAAAAGUUAGAUACGGAAGUGGCUAGUAACAUGGUGCGGCCUAUUACACUUGAAGAAAUAAAGUCGGCAAUGUUUGCAAUUGGUAAUGAUAAAGCUCCGGGGCCUGAUGGGUUUACGGCUGCUUUUUUUAAGAAUGCGUGGGAUAUUGUGGGUAGUGAUAUAUCGAACGCGGUCCUUGAUUUUUUCAACACGGGGAAGCUUUUGAAACAAUUAAAUCAUAUGCUUCUUAUUCUGGUUCCGAAGAUCACGACUCCUUCGAGAUCAGCUUUUGUUCCGGGCCGGAAAAUAUCGGAUAAUAUUCUGCUUACUCAAGAGCUGAUGCACAACUACCAUAGGAAUUUUGGACCUCGAUGUGCUUUUAAGGUUGAUAUUCAGAAAGCAUAUGACACAGUUGACUGGGAUUCCUCACACAAGUUCUGGUGGGUUUUGGUUUUCAUUGAGUUAUGGUUCCAUAAUAAGUGUGAAAAGCAACAUAUUGUUAAUUUAUGUUUUGCGGAUGACUUAUUCCUUUUUGCGAGAGGAGAUGUAGAUUCGGCUCGGUGUAUUAUGAAUUCUCUUAAGGAUUUCUCUAAAAUGUCGGGUUUGGUUCCUAGCUCUCAGAAAAGUACGGGUUUCUUUUGUAAUGUCCCUGAUCAUGUUAAAAUGGCUAUUAUGAGUACUAUUCCCUUCAUGGAGGUGAAACUUCCUGUGCGUUACUUGGGUGUACCACUUUUAUCUACUCGCCUCCUUUAUAAGGAUUGCAAUAUCCUGGUUGAACGUUUGGAUCAGCGUAUUCACAACUGGAAGAACAAACUUCUAUCUUUUGCUUGUAGAUUACAGCUCAUUAUUUCGGUGUUGUCAGCUAUGCAUGUCUAUUGGUCAUCGGUUUUCAUUUUGCCUGCUCGGAUUAUUCAUGACUUAGAAGCAAAAAUGCGGAAUUUCCUUUGGUCUCAAGGUUCUUUUCAGCAUGGGAAGGCCAAGGUUUCUUGGAAAUCUAUUUGCGUUCCAAAGCUUGAAGGUGGUUUGGGUAUUAGACAGAUUGGUGAUGUCAAUAAGGCUCUUAUGGUUUCGCAUGUCUGGAGCAUUCUAACAAGCUGUGAGUCGCUAUGGGUUGCUUGGAUUCACUCGUCCAGGUUAAAGGGCCGUAACUUCUGGGAUUGUAAGGCUGUUCCAAAUUGCUGUUGGAGCUGGAGGAAACUUUUACAGCUUUGGUCGCUGGUUAGAGGUUAUAUUUGGUCCAGAAUUGGUGAUGGUAGACGCACAUCAGCUUGGCAUGCCAAUUGGAGUGCUAUUGGUCCUUUGAGUUCCUUCCUAUCGGCUAGAGUUAUCAUAAGGGAAGGGUUUUCUUUACAAGCAACUGUAGCCGAUGUGUCCUCUAAUGGUUCGUGGUUAUGGCCUGAUGCUUAG